UCAACUUAGAGGUGUACAACAUGGAGGACAUCAACAGCAUAUUGGUGGAAGUAGUCAAGGGCAAAGUAGUGGUCAAGGAGGAGGUCAACCUGAAGUCCGUAGAGGAGGUAGAAGGGGACGUCGACCUAGGGGAGGGAAUUAAAUAUUUUGGAAAAUUUUGGGAGAAAUUAUAGGGGGAUU